AUGCAGCCGUACAGGAAAGCCCAGACUCGGGCCCUCGCAAUCCCCGAGAUUGUGACAUCAAUCCUACACGAGAUGGACAUGCGCACGUUGAUCGCCGCGCAACGCGUAUGUCGAAUGUGGGCAGAUCUCAUCCACGAGUCGCGCUCGCUACAGCAAGCCUUGUUCUUCUUACCAGUCGAUGGUAAUAUGACAGUUGACACAACAAAAACAACAACAUGGCCUCGAGUUUACAACCCACUGCUAGCAGAAACAUUCCCCUCAUUCUUCCCUUCGCCGCGCAUUGUGGGUACUACUACUAGAAGUAGGAACGAUGGAACAACAUUAAAAGGAAACCCCAUCGAAUACACUAAUCUGACAUCCCUCGCUUUCGCCAAAGACCCGACCAAACAAAAAAUGUACUUUCGUCCCGAAGCAAGCUGGCGCCGCAUGUUAACCACACAACCCCCGAUCUACACAAUCGGAUCAUUCUCCUCUGCCAGUGGGAUGCUCGGUAUGUCCUGGACGCAAGAGAAAGCCGCGCACCAGGAAGGUGGGCUUCGAAUGGCGACGCUUUUCGAAACGAUGGUCAAUUUGGGACGGUUUAUGUGGAACGGCUCGUUGAUAUCUAUCAGUUUUGGGGGCGGCGGCGGCGAUUCGCCGCCCGUGAAUGCACAUUCGCAAUUCAUAAGCCUGUCUACCUCUAUGGAUAGCGACAGGGUAAAUGCGGAUUGGGCGAAGAUGCUUUUCGAGACUGAUCUUGUGAUUGUGACGAGUGAGGGUGGCUCGUGUACUGAUCCUGAUGGGCCAGAGGAUCCUAAUUGGGUCAAGAGUCCAGAUGAGAUUGUCUGGGAGGGGAUUUGCGAGUGUUACGAGGAGUUGGGGCUGACUCUAUAUGAUCUACCUAUGGAUGUUUAUAAUAAAGGAAUGGAGUACUGGAACUAG